GGAGCACGCCGUUGCCAUUGGAGACCGUUACCCUCAGGAACCUGAGGGCGGGCUUGGUGCUGGGCUCCGGCCUAUCCCUGCGAUGAUCGCUCAGCGGGGUCUGGCGACCUGGCACUGAGCACGCUGCCAGCCGGGAUCUUCCUCUUCAUCUAGGCCCAGGCGCUGGCGUGAGAAACCCAAACUGGGUGCUGGACAAGCGCCCCCUAAACUCCUUGGGACCUUCAACAAGUAAAAUGCAAGGAAUUACCAAACCUGGCAUGGUUUGGGUAGAGGCCUGAUAGAGAUUGCACUGAGGCCAGAUAUUCUGCUCCCCAAGUCAAUUCAUGGUGCUUCCACUGUUAACAACUAAAAAGUUUGCUAUAAAGAUAUCACCAAAGACUAGAGAGAAAAUCAUCUAGAGGAAAUGCUGGCAGUAUGGCCUGUGUUCAUUCAAAAAUCUCUACAGCAGAUUCUCUCGUUUUAGGGGCUAUCCAGAUUAUGAUUGGUGUCUUUCAUGUUUUCAUGUGGUACUUCCUAUUGGUUUUGUAUAUGGGACAAAUUAAAGGAGUCUUUGGAACAUAUGAACCUAUAACAUACAAAACAGCAUGUACUUCAUGGGGAACUUUUUUUAUCAUUGCAGGAGCCUUCAUAAUAAGAGUAACAAGGCAUCCAACUCGAUCCGGAAUUGUAUGUACUUUAAUCAUGAACAUCUUCUGCAUAAUGACUACAAUCAUUGCCAUAACUCUAACAAUAAUUGAGUUGUCUCAUUUUGAGUCUGUGUCAUAUAGGAAUUAUGGACAAGCAAAACUUGGAAGGGAAGUAUCACGUGUUUUACUGUUCUCCUAUACUUUGGAAUUUUCUAUUGCACUUGCAUACUCAAUAUGUAGCUGUUGCAGUUUGUUUCGAAGACAUGAAGGUGAUGCUACAUCUGUUCCUGAGGACGCUGAGAGCACUUUUUAAAAACUCUAGAAAUGUAAGAAUCUUGCUGUUGCUGAUGCCAGAUGUGGGUCCUAAUGAUAUCUCUGUAUGCCAAAGCAGUUAUGAAGCCUAUAGACUUUGUGCAAAAUAAAAUACAAAUAAGGUGAAUUUUUCUCCUCA